AUGGUGGACGUUCCUAAAACAUGCUGGAACUUCUGCAAGAAGUGUGGCAAGCACCAGCCCCACAAAGUAACACAAUAUAAGAAGGGCAAAGACUCCCUUUAUGCCCAGGGGAAACAGCGUUAUGAUAGGAUGCAGAGUGGCCGUGGUGGGCAGACUAAGCCAGUUUUCUGGAAAAAGACUAAAACUACAAAGAUUGUGCUAAGGCUUAAGUGUGUGGAGCCCAAAUGCAGAUCCAAGAGAAUGUUGGCUAUUAAAAGUUAUCAAUAUUUUUAA